GUAGCUGCGCCCUCUGUUUCCGCUUCUGAUCUUGCAUCGCAUCGUAUGCCUCUUGCUCGUGCGGUUUCUUUUCCGGUGGUGUCAAAAUGGGUAUUGACAUUAAUCAUAAGCACGAUCGGAAGGUGCGGCGAACGGAGCCCAAGUCGCAGGAUGUUUAUUUGCGGCUCCUCGUCAAGCUAUAUCGGUUCUUGGCGAGACGAACAAAUUCAAAGUUCAACAAAAUUAUUUUGAAACGACUGUUCAUGAGCAAGAUUCAUCGACCACCGAUUUCCCUGGCACGAAUCGUGAGGUUUAUGAAAAAACCUGGAAGGGAGAAUUGUCUAGCCGUGAUUGUCGGUACCGUUACCGAUGACGCUAGGAUCUUCGAAGUCCCUAAAUUGACGGUGUGCGCUUUACGCGUGACCGAGAAGGCUAGGGCGCGCAUCUUGAAGGCCGGCGGUGAGAUCAUUACGUUCGAUCAGUUGGCAUUACGCGCUCCGACAGGAAAACGCACGGUCCUGAUGCAGGGACCGCGUAACGCUCGCGAGAGCGUUAAGCACUUCGGCCUGGCACCCGGCGUGCCGCACUCCCACACGAAACCAUACGUCAGGUCCAAGGGACGAAAGUUCGAGCGGGCGAGAGGCCGUAGACGCAGCUGCGGUUAUAAGAAAUAAGAUGGCAACACACAUUUCGACGGAUCUUCUGUCAGAUGUAAUCUUUUUUUUUCCAUGCGAUUAAUAAGCGACUGAAAAAUAAAAAUUUACUUCACAAUAA